AUGCGAUGUUAUCUACCAACAUUUGAUAGAAAAUUAGCAAAACUGUUUGCGUGGUACACAGAAAAUUAUCUCGUUGAUCACUAUCCAAUGCGAUGUUACCUACCAACAUUUGACAGAAAAUUAGCAAAACUGUUUGCGUGGUACACAGAAAAUUAUCUCGUUGAUCACUAUCCAGUGUUUAUUGCCUUGCCACUUUUGCUUACGGGUUUCUUGGGAAUUGGCUUUAUCUGGAUCAAAGAACUGACAUUGCUCAAUGCUCGGAAGCUGUAUACGCCGGUGUCCGCGCCAGCCUGGAAGGAAGAAAGGAUUAUGCGUGAAUUAUGGCCUGUACGUAUCAACGAGUUUUUACCUGAGAGAACUUUCGAGUGGAAUCGUUACCUGUAUGUGGUGGUGCAUGGACGCCAGGAUACAAAUGGAUCAUUUCCGAAUAUUCUGGAAGGCGAUUAUUUGAAUGCAACCGAGUAUCUUGAAAAUAGUAUUGCUCAAAAUAAGCGUGGUAUUGGAAUAACAUAUCCGCGUGCUAAUACGGAUGGCUCGCCGGUCUACUUGGCUUACAAUGUUGGAGGUGUGCAGGUUUAUGCAAAUGACACAAUUAAGGUGACUUUCCUGAGUUUCGUUUACUUUAUUUGCUUACGCACAGCAUUUAGCAUUUAUAAUUUAGGGUUAAUAAAGCAAACGAAAAAGGGGAAAACACAAAAAAAAAACAAAUGUAAGCGAGAAAAUGGAUAAGA